AAUGCCAGUUAUUGGCAUUCCUCUCCUCACGAGCUGUCACGCUGACAGCACCGCCACCUGUCAGUGUCCAUCAGUGCCAACUCUCAGUGCUCAUCCAUGCCACCUAUCAGUGCCACAUCAGUGCCACAUCAAUGCCACAUAUCAGUGCCCACCUGAGCUGCCUUUCAGUGUCACCCAUCAGUGCCAGUCAGUGCCACCUAUCAGCGCAACAUAUCAGUGCCAGUCAGUGCUGCCUAACAGUGCCAGUCAGUGCCACCUAACAGUGCCAGUCAGUGCCACCUAACAGUGCUAUAUAUGAGUGCUGCCUUUCAGUGCCCAUCAGUGAUGCCUGUCAAUGCCCAUCAGUGCCACCUAACAGUGCCUCCCCAUCAGUGCCACCUAUCAG